CACACCUCCGUCUCCUUAAGCAAGGUCGUGGUUUGGACACGUGACCCGGCACCUUCGGCCAUAAAAGCCUGUUUUUGGACCUUCCACACUGUUGGUCAUGAUGAAGGGGCUGCUCGCAUUCUUUGCGCUGUUUGUGGCCGUUCUCGGCAAGGAGACAUUUGAUGGGCAUCAGGUUCUCCGCAUUAUUCCCAGGGAUGAGAUCCAGCUGUCUGUUAUCAAGGCCCUGGAGGACAUAAUCGAGUUUGAGCUGGACUUCUGGAGGGGUGUGACUGAUGUGGCCGUUCCUGUGGAUGUCAGAGUUCCCUUCCACAGCCUGCAGUCUAUCAAAAUUUACCUGGAGACUCAGGACAUUGAGUACUCCAUCAUGAUCGAAGACCUGCAGGUGAUGCUGGAUGAGGAGCGGGAGGAGAUGGAGGCUGCUGCUCGUGUCCCUCAGCCCAGAGGCACCGACAGCUUUGACUUCUCCAGGUACCACACCAUCGACGAGAUCUACAGCUUCCAGGACAUGCUGGUGGCUGAGAAUCCCAACCUGGUCAGCAAGAUUGUGAUUGGUCACAGCUACGAGGGCCGUUCCCUGAAUGUGCUCAAGUUCAGCACUGGUGGAACCAGCCGUCCUGCCAUCUGGAUCGACACUGGAAUCCACUCCAGAGAGUGGGUCACUCAGGCCAGCGGCACCUGGUUCGCCAAGAAGAUUGUGACUGAUUACGGUCGUGACCCUGCUCUGACCAACAUCCUCGACAAGAUGGACAUCUUCCUGGAGAUUGUGACCAACCCUGAUGGCUACCACUUCACCCACAACAACAACCGUAUGUGGCGCAAGACCAGGAAGCCCAACCCUGGCUCUAGAUGUGAUGGAGUUGAUCCUAACAGGAACUGGGAUGCUGGUUUUGGAGGACCUGGUGCCAGCGGCAACCCCUGCUCAGAGACCUACCGUGGACCCAAGGCUCACUCCGAGUCUGAGGUCAAGUCCAUCGUGGACUUUGUGAAGUCCCACGGCAACUUCAAGGCCUUCAUCUCCAUCCAUUCCUACUCCCAGAUGCUCCUGUAUCCUUACGGCUACACCAGGACUCCAGUCAGGGACAGAGAUGAACUGCAUGCUCUGGCUAAGAAGGCUAUCACUGACCUGGCUUCCCUGUAUGGUACUAGAUACAAAUACGGCAGCAUCAUCAACACCAUCUACCAAGCCAGUGGUGGCACCAUCGACUGGACCUACAACCAGGGCAUCAAGUACUCCUACACCUUUGAGCUGAGGGACACAGGUCGGUAUGGAUUCGUCCUGCCAGCCAAUCAGAUCAUCCCCACCGCCGAGGAGACUUGGCUGGCUCUGAUGGCCAUCAUGAAUCACACCGUCAGGAACCCAUACUAAAAAUGUGUGGAGAGGCCACUGUCGGCAAAUGUCACCUUUAAAAUGUCAUUGUUAUGACUAAUAUCACCGUCAUGCUUCAUAACUAGAUACUAUGAGAGCCACAAACAGAUGAAUAAACGAGCACAAAAUACA